GCAUUUGCUUUGGUAUUGUUUUGGUCGUGGUCAUACCAGAAGCUAAAACGGAUGGUUUCUUUUGUACUUACAGCCCAACAAAUAUGCUAAUCGGCUUUCUUUUAUCACCUUACUUAUUACCUCGGCUUGUUUUGUUCGGUUGCUUUCGCCCAUCUAGCUAGUUCAGUAUAAAUUGAAGCUAUCCCGGCAUUCCCAGUUUUAGUCUUGCAGUGAGUUUUGUUCUGGAGAGUACAAAAGUAGAAUAUCUUACGGCUUAUAGUAGAAGAAAACACCAUAGCGCUGUAAUCAUGAAGUGGUGCACAGUUGUCCUUUUUGUAUUAAACACACUGUUGGCCCGCGAUGUUGCUGCCAAUGCUAUACAGGAUCGCAAUCUCUUUGCCACUGAACUCUUUCAAACCAUCGCCGUCGAUAAGCAGCACGAGAAUGUGAUCAUAUCGCCGGUCGCUAUACAAACUGCGCUUGGUUUGGCCUACUACGGCGCCGAUGGCAAGACUGCCACCGAGCUGCAGAAGAGCUUACACGCGCAGUCGCAGAGUCGUAGCACCAUUGCCAAGAGCUAUUACAAAUUGCUGCAUUCCUUUGUGAAACCGAAAACCACAUUGGAGAUAGCCAACAAGAUUUACGCCAAGGAUGCGCUCGUCAUUGAGCCAGAAUUCCGUGAAGCCGCACGGAAGUACUUCGACUCCGAUGCAGAGCAAUUGGACUUUACUGAUGAGCCGAAAGCUGUGGAGUUGAUCAACAAGUGGCUCGCUGAAAAGACGAACGGCAAGAUUGAGCGCGUUUUGGAUAGUGUGGAGCCAGAUAUUAAUGUGGCGCUUGUUAAUGCCAUCUACUUCAAGGCAAAAUGGGCGCGUCCGUUCAUGGACGAUGAGACGUCCGACCGUUUAUUCUGGAUCAACGACAAUGAAACAGUGAAAGUGCCCACCAUGUUCGCUGACAACUGGUACAACUAUGCCGAAUAUGAAGAACUGAAUGCCAAGGCGAUUGAGCUCUUCUUUGAGAAUACCGAUCUGCGUAUGUGGUUCAUAUUGCCGAACAAUCGCAAUGGUCUCUACGAAUUGGAACAACAGCUGAAAGGAGUGGAUUUCGAUGCGCUGGAAAAACGUUGGGAAUGGAGCAGUGUAACAGUGAAUUUGCCUAAAUUCAAAUUCGAAUUCGAUACCGAUUUGAAGCCGUACUUGCUGAAGCUUGGCAUUAGAACCAUGUUCACGGAUGAGGCGGACUUCAGCAACAUUUUCCACAACUCGCCGAUCAGCACGCGUGUGUCUCGUGUUCAACACAAGGCUUUUAUUGAUGUGAAUGAAAUCGGUUGCGAAGCCGCAGCUGCCAGCGUUGCAGUGGGCGUGCCAAUGUCAUUGCCAUGGGAUCCUAAAACCUUCAUUGCCGACCAUCCGUUCGUGUUCGUCAUUCGUGAUCCCCAUGCUAUAUACUUUACAGGUCACAUUGCCAGAUUUUAAAUUU